AUGAGACUGACAACAAAAGCCAUUCUCUGCACCUUCACAGGCCUGGCCGCCGGUAACCCCCUCGACUGGCUCGGCAUCGCCUCCUGGGACGUCGAGGGCUACGCCAAAGACAACCCUCUGGGCAAGACCACCGGCGGCAAGGGCGGCCCAACAGUCACCGUCUCCACCAUUCCGGAGCUCCAGACCGCCGUCGCCGGCGCUGAUCCCAGAAUCGUCGUCUUGAAGGGCUCUCUCGAGCUCCCCGCGCGGCUCAAGGUUGGCUCCAACAAGAGCCUUGUCGGGUACAAGACCACGGCGCACAUCACCGGCACGGGCGUCGACGUGUUCAACUCGACCAACGUGAUCCUGCAGAACUUGAAGAUCAGCCACAUCCUAGACAACGACUGCAUCACAAUCCGAAACUCGACGCGCGUGUGGGUGGACCACAACGAGUUCACCUCAGACAUCAGCAAAGGCCCUGAUUUCUACGACGGCCAGGUCGAUAUCAUCCGCGCUUCAGACUGGAUUACCGUCUCCUGGAACUACUUCCACGACCACUGGAAGUCCUCGCUGGUUGGCAACGACGCGACCUUCCGCGACCUCGACUCGGGCCACCUGCACGUCACGUACCACCACAACCACUGGCGCAACGAGGGCACGCGCGGCCCCGCAGGGCGCUUCGGCCGCCAGCACAUCUACAACAACUUGUAUGAAGACUUUUUGUACCAGGCCAUCCACUCGCGCUCCGACAACCAGGUCCUCGUUGAGGGCAACGUCUUCCGCGGGAACACGCGCGAGGCGCUCAGCACGUAUGGACUGGUCAUUCCUGACGACUCGCCAAAUACGUGUACGUGUGGUGAUGAGGAGUUGGAUGGGUUUGCCAACCUUGGGUCUCCCAACGACUGGGGCAAGGCUGGUGUCAACAUCACACAGAAGGGCGACUUCUACAAGGCGCCUUAUAAGUUCAAACUCACCCCGUUGCCACUCGUAGCCCCUAUCGUCAAGAUUGGUGCUGGUGUUGGUAGGGUGUAG